AAACAUAGUCUGUGGACCCACAGGAGUCCAUGGGCCACAGGUUGUAAGCCACUGGUCUGUGGCCUUGCAUAGCACAGCUAGUUGCAAGUCAGUGCGUAUGAAUACAGCUGUGCAUUACUCAUUUUUAUGAAGAGCACAGAAUGUACUGGGAGGAGGAGGGAAUAGCUCCUGAAUGUGUGGAACUUUAUGCAUAAAAAUUAGAACUUGUCAUGACACCUUUCUUGCCUUUAAGGGGAGAACAGAGUGGGUGGAAAACAAGUUGGAAAAGCCAGUUGCUGUCCUCUCACUUCGGAUCAGCAACCUUCAAAAAAUCAUUCACUUCAGAGAUGUCUGGUUCUUCUGGACAGCCUGGCUCACAGACAAUAAAAAAGGGUCAUAGAGGAGUAGAUUCCACUGGUGAGACUACAUAUAAAAAGACUACGUCAUCGGCCUUGAAAGGUGCCAUUCAGCUGGGCAUCACCCACACAGUUGGAAGCUUGAGCACCAAACCAGAGCGAGAUGUUCUCAUGCAAGACUUCUAUGUAGUAGAAAGUAUUUUCUUCCCAAGUGAAGGGAGUAACCUGACCCCCGCUCAUCACUACAAUGACUUCCGCUUUAAAACCUAUGCUCCUGUAGCAUUUCGCUACUUCCGUGAACUGUUUGGAAUACGGCCGGAUGACUAUCUGUACUCGCUCUGCAGUGAGCCGCUCAUUGAGCUCUCCAACUCUGGGGCUAGUGGUUCCCUCUUCUACGUAUCCAGUGAUGACGAGUUCAUCAUUAAAACCGUUCAGCACAAAGAAGCAGAGUUCUUGCAAAAGCUGCUGCCAGGUUACUAUAUGAACUUGAAUCAGAAUCCUCGGACACUGCUGCCUAAGUUCUAUGGCCUGUACUGCGUGCAGGCUGGAGGGAAGAACAUCCGCAUCGUAGUGAUGAACAACCUGCUGCCCCGCUCUGUGAAAAUGCACCUCAAGUAUGACUUGAAAGGCUCCACCUAUAAACGUCGAGCAUCCCAGAAGGAGCGGGAGAAGGUCUUCCCAACAUACAAAGACCUGGAUUUUAUGCAGGACAUCCCCGAUGGCCUGUUCCUAGACUCUGAUAUGUACAAUGCCUUAUGCAAAACACUACAGAGAGAUUGUUUGGUUCUGCAGAGUUUUAAAAUCAUGGAUUAUAGUUUGCUUGUGGCUGUCCAUAACAUUGAUCAGGCACUGAGAGAGCGUGCGAUAAUGGAUGGAACGUCCCAGUCGGACACACGAAGGCCAGCUACCCAGAAGGCUCUCUACUCCACUGCUAUGGAGUCUAUCCGAGGAGAGGCCCGGCGAGGCGGCACCAUAGAGACUGACGACCAAAUGGGAGGCAUUCCAGCCCGGAAUUCAAAGGGAGAAAGGCUGCUUUUAUAUAUUGGUAUCAUCGAUGUGCUACAAUCCUAUAGAUUUGUUAAGAAGUUGGAGCACUCAUGGAAAGCAUUGGUACAUGAUGGGGACACUGUGUCUGUGCAUAGGCCCAGCUUCUAUGCGGAAAGAUUUCAACGAUUCAUGUGCAACACUGCAUUCAAGAAAAUACCGUUAAAACUUUCUCCUUCUAAAAAGAGCCGGACUGGCACAACUGUUCCUCGGAGGCCGGGUCAGGGUGGAGCCCCUUACCAAUCGCAUUCAUCGUGUGAAACUAAAGCGCAAGUAACAGCAGAAGCAGAUGUGGAGCAAGGUUCCCAUCUUGGUCGCCCCGAUCUCCUUCCCAGAACUCCUCCAGUAGAUGAAGCUAACAGUGAUUCCAUAGCAACAACCUUGUCCACUUCUUCGUUGGGCAGUGGAGGCCUUAACUCUCCAGCCAACAGUGGCUCUGCAGGGCCUUCCGUAACAGAACGCUCCUCAGAACUGACAGAACAUUUUGAAGACGUGCAAGAGACGGAGAUAAGCUUUUGAAAUAACAGAGGGACAGUUGUGAUGAGAGCAGAAGAUUUCUCUAUACUCUGCGUGGGCCGUAGAGUCUGACAAACAUUCAGCCCCUGCGGCUGAUCUUAGAAAUCUUAUCCGGACAGAAUCCAUAGAAGCUGGAAGGCUUGGGACAUACUUAGUGUCAUAGUAUUAACAGUGGCUGAGCCUAGAGCAACCUCCUCUUCUGAAAAACAGCCCUCAAGCUGUGGCUGGUUGCAUCUAGUUUUUUUGCUGCUGUCCUCUCUUCGAAGACUGGCAGAAGCAAGGCUGCUCAUCUCCAAGGAGGAGCAGGAGCUGCUCCAUGCAGGCCAGAGUCCUCUGGAGAAAAGGAGCUGGCUUUGGGGGAGUUGGUUACCUAGGAUGGAGGACCUCACAAACCUUGCAAGAACAAUGGUCAACUCUGAAGAGCACCGGGGGAAAUGGACACUGGAGCCUUGUUGGAACAGUUUUUGCAACAGCUCAACAUGGUGUUUUGGUUUUUAUAUUAAUUUAAGUUUCUUGAAUUCAGUCAUAUUGUUUCUUUUAGGCUGCGACAAUUUAUCUGUUGUUUUUUAAAAAUAGUUUUAUCAGUGUUUCACCAAAAAUGUCCCAUAGAAGGGGGAGCGACUGUUUUUUGGUCACACAUGAAAGGUAUUGAUCAUGGAUGUCUUUUCUAUAAACUAAUUUUGAGUGCAGCAGUCUAAUGCCUUGAUGACAUUGCAUCAUCAUCAUCCUGAGAAGGUGACCUGGAACAGACUUUCUCUCAAGACUUGGGGCUUUAUCAUGGCUUGGUGCUUGAAGGAUUUGGAAUGGGCCACACUUUUAAGAUGUCAGAGAGGUUUUUGCAUUGCUUUGUCCUGUUUUAAACUACUCCUUUAUUCUCUCAUCCUCACACAGAAGGAGAAGCAACAGAGAUUUCAGGAGCUCUCGGUGCCUGGCACAUUUUUAUGCCUUCAGUGUUUCUUAAGCAAAUGGACCAAAUCGAUCCUGCUUGGUUUUUUCCCCAGUAUUGUGUGUCCUCCUUGGGACACAACUUGUAAAAUCUGCAUAUUUUUUUUUAUAGCUAAAUUCCCUUUUGAUAGCUAUGCUUCUGUCUUACCCCUUGGCAUCAGGGUUACCUUCUGCACACAGUGCUCUGACCGCAUCCAAAUAGAUUCCCAUAAUGCCACUCCAUAUAAACGGCUGCCGUGUCUCUGUGCAGAGCAACAGAUUUUUGGGGUUUUUGCCUCUACAAAAGUAUGUGUUGCACUCUAAUUCCAAGCUGCAGCUUAUUAGAAUCAGCUGAAAAGAUGCAUUGCUGUAUUCUCUUUGCCAUUUGCUGAACAUAAGACUGUGGCAGUCCUUACCAAGUUACCAGCUACAGACACAUGGCUAGAAACCUGAGCAUAUGUUGUACUGAUUUUUAUUUUCACUAAAGUUUUUUUUAUUUAAUGAAUCUUAGUCUUUUUUCACCAAAAGCAGUGACCCUCUCCCACCUCCUUUUUACAGAUUUUAAAAAAUAAAUUGUUGCUCCUGCCCAUGCAAGGGUUUUGUAUGCUUAUUAGCAGUCGUUGCUAAUAAAGGCGAAGAAUGUAGCGGCUUAGAAGGGGGUUUUUAGUUGAUGUAUCAGGGCUGAGUGUUUGGGGGUUUUUUUCCCCAAUCAAUUUAAAGUGAAUAUAGUUCAAGCUGUUAGUUUUAAAAAAAACAACUGAUCUUUGAAAGGCAGAUAAGGCAGAACUGCCUUUCUCACAGAUGUCCAGCCAGGUGUCCAAACGCAAAGGGUUUAGUCAAGCAGGAAAGUGAUGGUCUCUGAGUAAUGUUUGGUUCCUAAGGGCUCUGGAACCUCUUUAUCUAGAUUUUAAACGUCAAGCAAUAUCCUGAUGAGACCCAUACCUUGAAGAUCAAUGUAAUGACGACAAGAAAUGGCUCGAGUACAAUUUCCCUCUUUCUCCCCUCUACUCAGCAGGUUAUUCUUCACACCCUGAUGAACAGUCUAUAUUAGACACACACUCUUUCUGAUCUUCCCUCCUGACUCAAAUUCUUUUUUUACCAGGAGGAAAGAAACCAAUUCAGUUGGUUUUUUUCGUCAUUUAAUAUUUAUGAAGUUGUAUUUAAAUGUUUUAUUCUGGGAAUAGUUACUCAGUGUGCAGGGAGCUCAAAGGGUAAGUUAGGGAGGGCAUUGACAUUUAUAUAUCAUAAUUAUCAAUCUCUGCUUUGCAAUGGUAUAACAGCAAAGGCUUCUUGCAUUCUAAAAGGGGCAGAAUAACUGGUUUAAGGUAUUAAAACUUGAUCGGUUAUUUCCAUCGUGAGAGGUUUGGUUACCUGGCCAACAGCUCAGAGUUGGGUCCGCAAAGGGGGGCUCAAAACCCUUGAUCCUGGCUCCCUGUUUUAAGCUUCUUGCCCUACCCUUACCUCUCCAUUGUUGGACUGAAAUGCGGGGAGAAUCAUCAAGAGCUGCUAAUGGCUGGACCUCUUUCCUGCUCAGUCUACACCGACAGCUUUGAUUCCACACGGCAGGAUCCGUUACUUCUUCGUCAAUCCAGCAGGGAGGAUCUGACCUGUCGAGCAUACAUCCUUAUGAAACAACUUGUGCCGUGUUGUGAAUAGUGUCAUUUUAAUCUUGUAACACUUUUGCAAUCAUUGGCUGUUAGCUUUUGUUUUUAAUAUUCAUUUUGUCUCUUAGCAGCCUGUCCUACACAGGGGAUAAUAUCGCUGUGAGGGGACGUUACAAUACACAGUGUGUUACCAACCCA